AUGUCUGCUCCCUACGGCCAGCCAGGCGGUCAGCCGGCGCCCUAUGGCGAUCAGCAGGGCCUCCCGGAUGCGCAGCAGCAGCAACAGGCGGCAUCCUAUGCCUCCCACUCUGACCACAAGAAGAAGAAGAGGGCCUAUGCCGCCGAUGCGUUCAGCGUGGGGAGCGGUGCCAAUGUGCCCGCAGCCGGCCAGCUGCCACCCGGUGGCCAAUAUGGCGCUCCUCUGCAGCCGGUCGACAAUCCUGCAUACGGGGCCUACGGCGCUCAGCCGGUGCAGUCCGUGCAGGCAGCGCAGUAUGGCGUGCCCCAGGCGGCUGUCGGUGCUGCUGCGGGCGCUGCUGGUGGAUACGGGUACCAGCAGCCCUACUAUCCAGGAACGGCUCCUCCUGUGCCUGGGGUCGAUGCACUUACAGCCGGUGUCGCUGGCAUGUCGUUUGGCGGUGCUGGCCAGCCCCAGGUGCAGCAGCCGCAGCAGCAGCCGUCUUCUCAGGCUGCCGCCGGUCGCGCCGGACCGCUCAACCAGUUGUAUCCGACAGAUCUUUUGAGCCAGCCGUUUAACGUGGCUGAGCUGGAAUUCCCCCCUCCACCCAUCAUCCUCCCACCCAACACCAGCGUGACGCCUUCGCCGGAUGCCAACUGCGCGCCGAAAUAUGUCCGGUCGACCAUCAACGCGGUGCCGACGAACCACUCGCUGCUGAAAAAGUCCAAGCUUCCGUUUGCGCUGGUGAUUCAGCCCUAUGCGUCCCUCCACGACCUGGACGACCCGGUGCCGGUGGUACAGGACCAGGUGAUCUCGCGCUGCCGGAGAUGUCGGUCGUACAUCAACCCGUUUGUGACGUUUGUCGACCAUGGUCACCGGUGGCGCUGCAACAUGUGCAACCUCACCAACGACGUUCCCCAGGCGUUUGACUGGGAUGCGGCCGCCCAGAAGAGCGUCGACCGGUGGCAGCGCCAUGAGCUGAAUCACGCCGUCGUCGAGUUCGUCGCCCCUCAGGAAUACAUGGUCCGCCCGCCGCAGCCGCUGGUGUACCUCUUUUUGUUCGACGUCAGCUACUCGGCCGUGUCGACCGGCUUGCUGGCCACGAGCGCGCGCACCAUUCUGGACAGCCUCAACCGGAUACCGAACGCCGACGGCCGCACGCGACUCGGCUUCAUCGCUGUCGACUCCAACCUGCACUACUUUGCCAUUCCGCGCGACAGCAAGCCAGCCCCGACGGGCGAGGAGGCCGAGGCCGAGAACGAGGACGACGAUGGCAGCGCGGGCGAGACGAGCAUGCUCGUGGUUAGCGACCUCGACGAGCCGUUCCUGCCCGUGCCACAGGAACUGCUGGUGCCGUUGACCAGCAGCCGGCAGAGUAUCGAGCUCUUCCUGUCGCGGCUGCCCAACAUGUUUGGCAACAACCAGAAUAACGGCUCGUGCAUGGGCUCGGCCCUGCGUGCCGGGCACAAGUUGAUCUCGCCACUGGGCGGAAAGAUGGUCGUCCUCAGCACGUCACUGCCCAACUUAGGCACCGGCAAGCUGGAGCUGCGUGAGGACAAGAAGAUUCUCGGCACGUCCAAGGAGGGCUCGCUGCUGCAGACGGCCAACAGCUUCUACAAGAGCUUCGCCGUCGAGUGUUCUAAGAACCAGGUCUCGGUUGACAUGUUCCUCUUUUCGUCGCAGUACCAGGACGUGGCGUCUCUGAGCAACCUGCCGCGCUAUACCGGCGGCCAGACCUGGUUCUACCCGGGCUGGAAUGCCGGUCGGUCGGAGGAUGCCAUCAAGUUCGCUACCGAGUUCAGCGACUACCUCUCGUCCGAGAUCGGCCUGGAAGCCGUGCUGCGUGUGCGGGCAACGACCGGCCUUCGCAUGAGCUCGUUCUACGGGAACUUCUUCAACCGCAGCUCCGAUCUGUGCGCCUUCCCUGCUUUUCCACGUGACCAGUGCUAUGUAGUCGAGGUGGCCAUCGACGAAACGCUGCAGAAGAACGUGGUGUGCCUGCAGACGGCGGUGCUGCACACGACCUGCAACGGCGAGCGCCGCAUCCGCGUGCUUACGCUGGCACUGCCUACGACCACCAGCCUAGCCGACAUCUACGCCUCGGCCGACCAGUGCGCCAUUACGGCGUACUUCAGCCACAAGGCGGUCGAACGCGUACUCGAUGGCGGCCUGGACUCGGCGCGGGACAGCCUGCAGAACAAGCUGACAGAGCUGCUGCAAACCUUCCGCAAGGAGCUUGCUGGCGGCAGCAUGGGCGGCGGCCUGCAAUCGCCGUCGAAUCUGCGCGGCCUGCCGGCCCUCUUUCUGGGUUUGAUCAAGAACGUGGGCCUGCGCAAGUCGUCGCAGAUUCCAUCGGACCUGCGCUCGGCCGCGCUGUGCCAGCUCUCGACGCUGCCGGUGCCACUGCUGAUGCAGUUCAUCUACCCGCGGCUGUACUCGCUGCACGACAUGCCCGACAGCGCCGGCGUCCCCGACCCCGAGACCAGCCAGAUUGUGCUGCCACCACCGCUCAACCUGUCGUCAGAACGCUUUGUGUCGUACGGCCUCUACCUGAUCGACGACGGCCAGACGCAGUUCCUCUGGAUUGGGCGCGACGCCAUACCGCAGCUGCUGGUGGACGUCUUUGGCGUGGCCGACCGGACACAGCUGCGGGUUGGCAAGGCAACCUUGCCGGAGCUCGACAAUGACUUUAACGAACGUGUGCGGGCUGUUAUACAGAAGAGCAAGGACUUCAAGUCUCGGGGCGUCGGCAGCAUCACCGUGCCGCAUCUGUACUUUGUCCGCGAGGACGGAGAGCCCAGCCUCAAGCUGUGGGCCCAGACGCUGCUUGUAGAAGACCGCGCAGACCACAGCAUGAGCUUCCAGCAAUGGAUGGGCAAUCUGAGAGAGAAGGUCGUUCAGUGA